AGUGGUUGAAAGAAGGGCACCAUGAAGGUAUAUAUUAGCAUGAGCUAUGAUUUGGUGGCGUUAUUGCUCGUGAUCAUCUCCUUAUGGUGUAUUGAGACCAAGGCACAGGCCACGAUGCAGCAAUUGAGGGUUCAACAGUACCUGAAGCGAUUGAAUAAAUCUACCAUCAAGAGCAUAAAGAGCCCGGAUGGGGAUAUCAUAGACUGUGUCCAUAUCUAUCAUCAGCCAGCCUUUGAUCAUCCUUUGCUCGAAAACCAUACUAUCCAGAUGAGGCCAAGUAUCCUCCCAUCAGGUCUAUAUGAUGAGAAUGAGGUAGCAUCAAAGAUGGAAGGUAGCUCCAUACCUCAGCAUUGGCAUCAAAAUGGGAGGUGCCCCGAGGACACCAUCCCUAUUAGGAGGACCAAGAAAGACGAGCUGCUGAGUGUCAGCUCUAUCGAAAGACAUGGAAAGAAGAGGCACGGGACAAUCCCAAAUGCCACUUCCGCAGAUGCAGAGGAGUUUGCGGUUGUUUAUGCAACGGGCGAGUACUAUGGAGCAAAGGCAAUCAUAAAUGUGUGGAACCCGACGGUGGCGCGGCCACAUGAUUUCAGUGCAAGUGCGCUUUGGGUUAUGGCGGGUCCUUUCGACCAAUUCAAUGCCGUCGAAGCUGGCUGGCAUGUUCAUCCAGGCCUGUAUGGAGAUAAUAAAACAAGGCUAUUUACUUCCUGGACUAUCGAUGGUUACACAUCAACAGGCUGCUACAACCUACUCUGCUCUGGGUUCAUUCAAGUCAACAACGACAUAGCAUUGGGUUCCGAUAUUAGCCCUAUUUCUAGCUAUGGUGGACGCCAAUAUGAGAUCACUUUACUUAUUUCGAAGGAUCCAAAAACUGGGAAUUGGUGGUUGCAGUUUGGGAAUCUGUCUCCAUUGGGCUACUGGCCUUCUUCCUUGUUCCACGACUUGUCCGAUAGUGCCUCCUUGAUAGAAUGGGGAGGGCAGGUUGCCAACCGACAAGUAGGGGGUGGUCAGUACCCCUCCACAAUGAUGGGCAGUGGCCAUGUCCCAGAACAAGGUUUUGGCAAGGCGAGCUACUUCAAAAACAUUCAAAUAGUUGAUCAGUUCAACGAUCUUCGAGCUCCUCCUCAGGGAACUAAGACUAUCACUACAAACCCCAGCUGCUAUCAUGUGCGCUAUGCAAAUAAUUACAUCUACUAUGGGGGUCCUGGUAGCAAUCCCAGUUGUCCAUAG